UCUUGCUUCAGAGAACAAGGGAAGAGUACAAUGAAGACUAUUGCACUAUUUGCCAUUGUUUUGGCAGUCGCAGCUGCUGAACCAGGUCUCAGACGGGGAAAGGUUGGGCCGCCUCCAUUGAUCAACCGCCCACGUCCACCAACCGGAACCGGCAGUCGUUUCCGGCGUUCUCCGGAACCUGAGCCUCAAGGAUCGAUCGUGCUUCAAGGACAAAAGCCCCUGAGUGGACCUGACCGUCAUGGAUCAUGGAACUUGGAUUACCAACAUAAAAUCUACGAGGGAAAGAACGGACACAUCAGCGCAUCAGGUGGUGUUGGAAGUCAGCACGGUUCAAGGGUCGGACCUCAGGUUGGAAUUCAAGGGCAGUGGAGAUUCCGUCGUUCUCCCGAACCCGAGCCACAAGGAUCAAUUGUAUUUCAAGGACAAAAGCCCCUGAGUGGACCUGACCGUCAUGGAUCAUGGAACUUGGAUUACCAACAUAAAAUCUACGAGGGAAAGAACGGCCACGUCAGCGCUUCAGGUGGUGUUGGAAGCCAGCACGGUUCAAGGGUCGAACCUCAGAUUGGAAUUCAAGGGCAGUGGGGGUUCCGUCGUUCCCCCGAACCCGAGCCACAAGGAUCGAUCGUUCUCCAAGGACAAAAACCCCUGAGUGGACCUGACCGCCGUGGAUCGUGGGGCUUGGACUAUCAGCACAAAAUUUAUGAGGGUAAGAACGGACACAUCAGCGCAUCAGGUGGUGUUGGAAGCCAGCACGGUUCAAGGGUCGAACCUCAGAUUGGAAUUCAAGGGCAGUGGGGGUUCCGUCGUUCCCCCGAACCCGAGCCACAAGGAUCGAUCGUUCUCCAAGGACAAAAACCCCUGAGUGGACCUGACCGCCGUGGAUCGUGGGGCUUGGACUAUCAGCACAAAAUUUAUGAGGGUAAGAACGGACACAUCAGCGCAUCAGGUGGUGUUGGAAGCCAGCACGGUUCAAGGGUCGAACCUCAGAUUGGAAUUCAAGGGCAGUGGGGGUUCCGUCGUUCCCCCGAACCCGAGCCACAAGGAUCGAUCGUUCUCCAAGGACAAAAGCCCCUGAGUGGACCUGACCGUCAUGGAUCAUGGAACUUGGAUUACCAACAUAAAAUCUACGAGGGAAAGAACGGCCACGUCAGCGCUUCAGGUGGUGUUGGAAGUCAGCACGGUUCAAGGGUCGAACCCCAGAUUGGAAUUCAAGGGCAGUGGAGGUUUCGUCGUUCCCCCGAACCCGAGCCACAAGGAUCGAUCGUUCUCCAAGGACAAAAACCCCUGAGUGGACCUGACCGCCGUGGAUCGUGGGGCUUGGACUAUCAGCACAAAAUUUAUGAGGGUAAGAAUGGACACGUUAGCGCAUCAGGGGGUGUUGGAAGCCAGCACGGUUCAAGGGUCGGACCUCAGGUUGGAAUUCAAGGACAGUGGAGGUUCCGUCGUUCUGCCGAACCCGAGCCACAAGGAUCAAUUGUAUUUCAAGGACAAAAGCCCCUGAGUGGACCUGACCGUCAUGGAUCAUGGAACUUGGAUUACCAACAUAAAAUCUACGAGGGAAAGAACGGCCACGUCAGCGCUUCAGGUGGUGUUGGAAGUCAGCACGGUUCAAGGGUCGAACCCCAGAUUGGAAUUCAAGGGCAGUGGAGGUUCCGUCGUUCCCCCGAACCCGAGCCACAAGGAUCGAUCGUUCUCCAAGGACAAAAGCCCCUGAGUGGACCUGACCGCCGUGGAUCGUGGGGCUUGGACUAUCAGCACAAAAUUUAUGAGGGUAAAAACGGACACGUUAGCGCAUCAGGUGGUGUUGGAAGCCAGCAUGGUUCAAGGGUUGGACCUCAGGUUGGAAUUCAAGGACAGUGGAGAUUCCGUCGUUCCUCUGAAUCCGAGCAAUAAGCAGCUGUAACGCUUCAAUGACCACAACGCCUGAGUAGAUCUGACCGUAAUGGAUCAUGGAGCUUGACGAAUCUCUAGUGUCAUGAAAUAAUUAUACUCAAACAUGUAUCACACAUUGCUCAUCAUAUUUCAAUCCUGCCAAUAUUCAAUAGAAUACUAAUUUAUGUCUCAAUUAAAACAAUUUCGUGAAAAACAAA